AUGGACCUGGUCCUAACCUAUGGCCUGCCCACUGGUGUAUCCCUGGACCUUGUCCUAACCUAUGGCCUGUCCACUGGUGUGUCCAUGGACCUGGUCCUAACCUAUGGCCUGUCCAUCGGUGGGUCCAUGGACCUGGUCCUAACCUAUGGCCCGUCCACUGGUGUAUCCCUGGACCUGGUCCUAACCUAUGGCCUGUCCAUUGACCUGGUCCUAACCUAUGGCCCCUCCACUGGUGUGUACUCUGUUGUUGAUCUGGCUGUCCCCACUACUGUGGGUUUUAAGUUUUAUCCAACAGGAGGCCCCGACUCUGUCUCAAGAGGGAAAACACAUCUUUUCUUCUUCUUUCAGUUUCUUUUUGAGAGAGUGGAAGGCAUCUCCAGGGCCACCAUCAUCGAUUUGGAUGCUCAUCAGGGAAAUGGACACGAGCGCGACUUCCUGGAUGACAGGCGGGUCUUCAUCAUGGACAUGUACAAUCGCUACAUCUAUCCUGGAGAUGCACAUGCCAAAAGGGCCAUAAAGAGGAAGGUAGAGCUGGACUGGGGCACUGAAGACUCGGAGUAUCUCCAGAAGGUGGAGUUGCAUUCUGAGGGCGCCCUGAACGAGGUCCGUCCUGAUAUCAUCGUAUAUAAUGCAGGGACAGACAUCUUGGAUGGAGACCCUCUGGGAGGACUGUCCAUAUCACCACAGGGCAUCAUUAAAAGAGACGAGAUUGUGUUCAAGGCUGCGAAGCUGCGGGGUAUCCCCAUUCUCAUGGUGACGUCGGGGGGAUACCAGAAGAAAACGGCGCGGAUCAUCGCCGACUCCAUCCUGAACUUACAGCGGCAGGGUCUGAUCGGGGUGGAGGCGGUGGAGGGGUCGUCACCGCUGGUGGCCCACAUGAUGGCCGGCUCUGGAUCGCCUGGAUCGAUGCUGACCGCCGUCUGAGGAGCGGAAGCAUCACAGGGUGGCGUUCAAAGGCACUGAAGCUACUUUACGGUUCACAGACAUGUGUUGCUCCACGUCCACGAUGCGGUGAUGCAGCCUUGAUCUGCACAGAAACACUCACCAGGAAAUGUCUGAGAAAUGUAAUGAAACAAUAAUUUUCAAGUUAUAACCACCAUAAAGACUUGUUUAAAGUUUAAUCAGAAGCAAGUUUUAUGUCCUUUGAGAGCUGAUCCUUCAUGUCAUGUAAUAAAAUAGAUUGCAUCACGUGAUUCAUUAAAGUCUGAUGAAGGAU